AUGGCUCUUGCUGGUCGAUUGAAAACAAGCCUCAGGGCUCCUGCCCUUUGCCUUCGUGCUAUGGCUGGCAAAAGAACUGCCCUCAUAGCUCCCUCUUCGAUAUCUUUUCAACGCCAAUUUACCCAAUCGUCCUCGUCCUCUCGACCUUCGCCGAACAUGGCCCUCUCCACCGAGCAACGACCUACGAGUAUAAUCGAGCAUGUGCUGACAACACUGGAUCAGAUCGUUGCCUGGGCUCGAAACGGCUCCAUGUGGCCCUUAAGUUUCGGCCUCGCCUGCUGCGGUAUUGAAAUGAUGCACGCCUCCAUGCCCCGAUACGACCAGGAUCGGCUCGGUAUCAUCUUUCGAGCGUCCCCGAGACAGGCCGACGUCAUGAUCGUUGCCGGGACCGUGACAAACAAGAUGGCGACAGCUGUUCGACAGUGCUAUGAUCAGAUGCCGGAACCCCGGUGGGUCAUCAGCAUGGGGACCUGUGCCAAUGGAGGAGGAUACUACCACUACAGCUAUAGUGUUGUGAGGGGUGUUGAUCGCAUCUUGCCUGUGGAUAUCUAUGUUCCAGGAUGUCCACCUACGGGAGAGGCGCUUCUAUACGGGGUCUUCCAAUUGCAAAGAAAGAUCCGCAAGACGAAGACUACCCGGAUGUGGUACAGACGUUGA